AUGAACAACGACGAAGACCACAGUAAUCACCAAAAUAACACCAAUAAUAUGAAGAAUAUGCAGAGCUCCGAGGAAGAAGAAGAAGACCCAGGAGCUCAGAAUUCAAAAUUGUCUGAACAAUUGGAUGAAAAUUCUGAAGAUGGUGGCAGUGAUGAAAGUGCUGGGAAUGAUGGUGGAGAAGCUGUGAGUGGAGCUGAUAAGGACAAUUCGAUCCCAGCAACGGCUGAGAUGGAUUCUGGAGGUUCUUCUGCACCUCAAACCCUAGCUAUGGAUACCUCCACUGAUCAUCUCUCCGAUGUUCCAGUUGAAUAUGAAUUGCAUCCCUUUGGAUCUGCAAAAGAAUUUAAGAAGCGACUUACUUUAUCCAAUAAAGAAGCGCCAGAAAGUAAUGCAGAGAAAACUGUACAAGUACAGACUCAAAAAGUGGAAGAGGUACCUAAUGGCACACGAUCAUCGGAGUUAUCCCCAACUUCUGUUACUCAGUUUACUUCAUCAAUACCGAGUCCAGCUCCAGCAGAACAAAAUAUUUCAACUGUUCAGAAAAGAAGCAUCUCUCACAUCCAAGAGAUGGAAAAAAGGAAUUCCUCUGACACAGAGAAAUUGGCUAUUGUAUCUGUUCAAAGAGCAACAUCCCCUGAUGGCUAUAACUGGCGAAAGUAUGGUCAAAAGCAAGUAAAGAGCCCUCUAGGCUCUCGUAGCUAUUACAGAUGCACUCAUGCCGACUGCUAUGCUAAGAAGAUUGAAUGUUCUGAUCAAUCUAAUCGUGUCAUGGAAAUUGUUUAUAAAAGUCAUCACAGCCAUGAUCCUCCUCAGAAAGUAAAUUCCUCAAGAGGAAGCAAGCUUGCUUCACCAAUAGCACCUGUAAAUGGAAUUGACUCUUUAGUGAGUCCUACUGCGGAUUCUGUUCCAUCAACUUCUGUAGAUUCUGUUAAUGAAACAGCAACUGCCCCAGAAUCCAAACAGAAGGAAUCUAGUCAGCCGCAGGAUAUUGCUGAAACUGAUGUCAAGGAGGAUCAUGAUGAUGCACCUGAACCAAGAAAAAGGUUGAAGAAAACUGGCUCAAGCUGCUCUGGAUCUCCACCGAAAGCUGGCAAAAAAGAGAAAUUUGUUGUCCUUGCUGCUGGUGAUGUAGGAAUAUCAGGAGAUGGCUAUAGGUGGCGCAAGUAUGGACAAAAGAUGGUGAAGGGGAACCCUCAUCCAAGGAACUACUAUAGAUGUACUUCAGCUGGGUGUCCGGUUCGAAAGCACAUUGAGAUGGCUAAAGACAAUUCCAAUGCUUCAAUAAUAGCUUACAGGGGCGUCCAUAAUCAUGACAUGCCAGUCCCAAAGAAGCGUCUUGGUCCACCUAGUGCUCCUGUAGUCGCUGCUGCUGCUCCUACUUCAAUGAACGCUAUGCCGGUGACGAAACCUGAACAUGUACAGAAUCAUGAAUCUGUAAUCCAGCGGUCAGUAGAUUGUAAAGGUGAGUUGAAAAGUCAGACAGUAGAAUGCGGAGCUGAGAAGGCUGUGGACUCUACAAAAACGCUUUUAAGUAUUGGGUUUGAAAUCAAGCCUCGCUGA